AUGAAGUAUUUGAAACUGUCACUGGCGUUAUUGUCACUUUUAUGUUCCUGCCUGGCUCUGCCCACGGACUUCGACUACGACUGUAGUGGACUCCCCGACAACUUCCUCUACUGGUGGGCGUGUGGGUCAUACGGCAUCUGCCGGGGAACCCGAUACUACCAGAUCGACUGUGUUAACGGUACUAGCUACGACAGGAGAACUGGAGAUUGUGUCCUAAACUCCCAGGCCGUGACCUACCCCUGUAACUCCGCCCCCGAGGAGUGCCAGCUGUAUAACGGCCCCGGACACCGGUAUCCCGAGAGAACCGCUGACCCUGUGGAGAACUUACCUCAAUGCACCUUCUACUACACCUGCGCCUAUGGACGAUAUCUGGGUCACCAAAGAUGCCCAGAAGGUACCGUUUACGAUGAGCCCCAGCAGAGAUGCCUUCACUCGUCACAGGUGUCGCCGCCUUGUGGGACCCUCAUUGAU